CAAACAUGCUCAAAGUAUCGAAGCAUCAGGUGUCUUGCCUUGUCACUCGUUAAUCAUUUCUUUCUUGGUGAAUUUUUUUUGAGAGUCCCUACACUCGUUUAAUCGCUGCUUAUAAUGGUAGCCAUCGCUCCUUACGCUGCCUCGGUGGCGACAAUCUCGUCUGCCGCUUAUUAUACCGCAUCUUCCUACCUCCCUGUACCGCAGAACUACACCACGGCUGUCAUCGUCAAGACCUUAACCAUCUGCCCUUGUAAUAUCGAUGGACAAUGCGCGACGGGAACUUCAGUUCAUGUAAACAGCUACUCUACAUCGGCUCCUAAAGAGCAUGGUGGCCCAUACGACAACCCGUACAACGACAUCCCUCUACCUUACUACUGGCCCGGAAAGCCCUCUAGUGGUGAGGUAACCCCUCCCCCACAGCCAACUGAACCAUACUCAUACGGAGGGCCGGCCAAGGGGAAGUACGACGCUCCUGCCUGGAUUCCGAAGGGCUAUGGGAAACUGAAGGGCUCCCUGCCAGAGGGAAAGCAAAAUGGAAAGUCCUAUUGGGGUGACAUCGAUUGCCCCCAUUUGCCAGUUUCUGGUCUGCCGGGGGCCCCGUCCUACCCUCCUCUUCCGCCGCCUUCGUCGUAUCCUACUUCCGUCAAAUCAUACCCAACUGCGCCGUAUCCUACUGGCUCUGGUUCCGUCUCGUACUCUACCAAUUCCACGAAGGUCACUGCAUCCACGUCCUAUAGCAGCAAAAGCACUAGCACCCCGGCCCCAGCUUGCCCAACUAUGCCUGAUACUGGUGUAACAAGAACGUAUGACUUUAACGUGGCCUAUCAGACAAUUGCUCCGGACGGUGUCACGAGGAAUGCUUUGACGGUUAACGGACAGUUUCCUGGCCCUCUUGUUGAGGCGAAUUGGGGUGAUUGGAUCCUGCUGCGAGUUACCAACGACUUGACCAAUGAAGGUACUGCUCUUCACGCACACGGUCUUUUCCAGCAAGCCACCCCCUGGUAUGAUGGUGUUCCGGCCGUUGCUCAGUGUCCGCUCACCCCUAACGGUGGUAAGUUGGAUAUGCUUUUCCGUGCGGACCGCUAUGGAACUUCCUGGUACCACAGCCACUACAGUGCCCAGUACUCUGGAGGUGCCCAAGGCCCCAUGAUCAUUCAUGGCCCAAAGCAUGCCGAGUAUGACAUCGAUAUUGGCCCGGUUCUCUUGACCGAUUGGUACCAUGCAGACUACUACACCCUAGUGCAAAACACAAUGGCUGGGAAUUUCCCACCGUCGAACAACAAUUUGAUCAACGGCAAGAUGCAGUACCCUUGUGCCAACACGACACUACCAUGCAAUCCCAAUGCCGGUAUUUCUAAGUUCAGGUUCCAGUCUGGCAAGAAGCACCUCCUCCGUCUCAUCAACACUGGAGCAGAAGGUACUCAGAAGUUUAGUAUCGACAACCACACUUUGACAGUUGUCGCUCAAGACUUCAUUCCGAUCGAGCCGUACACCACAAACGUCGUGACCCUCGGCAUUGCUCAGCGUGCUGAUGUCAUUGUUGAGGCAACUGGUGAUGCUGGCGACGCUUUCUGGAUGCGAUCUCAGCUCGGCACGGAACGCUGUACCCUUAAUGACGGCAUCUCUCCUAAUGCCGUUGCCGCUGUCUAUUAUGAGGAUACUGAUGAAGAGUCUGUUCCUGAGACUACCUCUGAUGUAACCGCCGCGCAGCUUGCGUUCUGCGCUAACGAUCCCCUCAACCAGACAGUUCCCCUUUGCAAGAUCCCUCUGGACGAGCCCACAACCACCGAACAGAUUGAUAUUGAAGUGCGAUCAAACGGUACCAACUUCAUUUGGUAUAUGAACAACAGCUCUUACCGCGGGGACUACAACAACCCAAUCUUGAUCCAGGCCAAGAACGGGGAUUUGGACUACCAGCCUCAAUGGAAUGUUCACAACUUCGGUACGAACAAGACAGUCCGUCUUCAUCUGAUUAAUCAUGGUCGACUCGGCGCUCACCCCAUGCAUCUUCACGGCCACGACUACCAUGUUCUUGCCGAAGGUUUUGGAGACUGGGAUGGUACGAUUGUGAACCCAGAAAAUACCGUCCGCCGAGACACGCAUAUUCUUCAGAACGCACGGAGCGCGACGGUGCCUGCUUUCAUGGUCCUUCAAUACAACCAAGACAACCCGGGUGUGUGGCCGCUCCACUGCCAUCUUGCAUGGCACGUAUCUGGCGGCCUCUUCAUGAAUGCCCUCGAGCGCCCAGAAGAUAUUCAGGCUGAGGAUUUCGACCAGGACAUCUUUGAUGGCUGCACGGCGUGGGAUGCCUACACCGCGGGUAAUCCGCCGAACCAGAUUGACUCGGGAUUGUAAGCCCCGGUCAUCAAUCCGCAUUGCCCCGCUUGUGGGGAGGAAUUUGUACGCUAUGUCGGAAAUUUGGGACCAUGAAACGCCUUUCAUGUAAUUAUUUCGCAUGAUACCGUUAUAGUAAAUUUUAAUGGGCCUUGAGGUUGGGCCGUCAAAAUGGGGAAGCUUUUGAAACUG